AUGGAGUGUAGGACGUUGGAUCUGACGAUUUUAUCCGCAGAGGAUCUCAAAGACAUCCAAUUGAUCGGCAAGCAGGACCUGUACGCCGUCGUUUCAAUCAACGGCGACGCGCGGACGAAGCAGAAGACGAAGGUGGACAAAGACUGCGGCACCAAACCCAAAUGGAAACACCAGAUGAAGCUCACCGUCGACGACGCGGCGGCUCGUGAUAAUCGACUGUCUCUAGUCAUCCAGAUCGUCGCGGAUCGCCCGAUCGCCGGUGAUAAACCCGUCGGAGAGGUUACUGUUCCGGUGAAGGAGCUUUUGGAUCAGAACAAGACCGGCGACGAGGAGAAAACCGUCACGUACGCCGUGAGGCUUCCUAGCGGGAAGACGAAAGGAUCUCUCAAAUUCUCGUUCAAGUUUGGGGAGAAGUAUACUUACGGUGGAUCUUCGAGUGCUCCUCAAGCGGCUGGACCAGCGGCUCUGGACCACAAGACUAUGGAUCAGCCCGUAACCGCUUACCCGCCCGGACAAGGUGCUCCGUCUGCUGCAUACCCGCCUCCUGGCGCCGGUCCUUCCGGAUACCCACAACCAGGACAUGAUGAUAAACACGGUGGUGGUGUUUACGGUUACCCGCAACCCGGUGGAUAUCCGCCACCCGGCGGACCUGCUGGAUAUCCUCCACCCGGUGGGUACCCGCCUCCCGGUGCAUACCCGCAACACGGUGGAUAUCCGCCUCCUCAACAAGGUGGUUAUCCGGGUUAUCCGCCACAGGGUCCGGGUUACGGAUACCAGGGAUAUCCGCCACAGGGUCCAUACGGUUACCCGCAACAGCAAGCUUAUGGUAAACCGCAGAAGCCGAAGAAGAGUGGAGGAGCAGGAAUGGGGCUAGGACUUGGACUCGGAGCUGGGUUAUUGGGUGGGUUGCUGGUUGGUGAAGCGAUUGAUGACAUGUCAGAUAUGGGUGAUAUGGGUGGCGACUUUGAUUUCUGA